GUCACAUGAUCAAUAUUCUUGGACAAGAUGGCGAUCGCUUCGGCUAGAGGAAAGUUAAUCGCUGUGAUCGGUGAUGAGGACACGUGUACAGGAUUUGUGUUGGGCGGUAUCGGUGAACUCAACAAACAUCGACAUCCCAACUUUCUUGUUGUUACAAAGAACACAAGCAUUGGUGAGAUUGAAGAAUGUUUCCGAGGGUUUCUCAUCCGAGAUGAUAUAGCAAUAGUUCUCAUCAACCAGACGAUAGCGGAGAUGAUACGGUACGUGAUUGACGGCCACACAGAGCCAAUCCCCGCCGUUCUGGAGAUUCCCAGUAAAGACGCCCCCUACGAUUCCAAUAAAGACUCCAUUUUGAGGAGAGCCAAGGGCAUGUUCAGUGUGGACGAUUUCCGGUAGAAGACAUAGAUAUGAGACAUGGUUAGGGCGGCUGUAGAUGGUGGAGAAGAUCAUUUACCUCGUGACGCUGACGUACAGAGUGACAUGUUGAAAAAUAGUGUAAUAUAGUAUGGCUGGUUAUUGAAAUGUGUUUUAAAGGUGCACACCCUAGUUUCAACCCGUUAAAAUGGACACUAAGUUUGGUUUAAGUUACAAACCUGUAACACAUUUGGAUAAUGUUACAAGAGAGUGAAACAAGAGUCUGUGGCAUUGAAACGGUGAAAUACCAUUAAAAAUAGAUGAAAAAUCAACUCCAUAAUAUAUAUCCUGGGAAGGGGGCCUCGCUGUUAUAUGUGCUAUAGGCCAUGCGAAUCCUUAUUCUGACUGUGACUAAGGCUGUGUUCAACCAUCGUGGACAAACAUUUGCAAAAACUGGUUCAUGUUCUUCACAUUAAAACUGAAUUCAGUUACUAAAUCAGAGACCAAUCAAACAGUUCGAAAGUGAUAGCGACACUUGCUGAACGCAGAUCAAAUACGUGCAUAUAUAAAAAGAAAAAAUUCUACACACCCACUAAAUAUAGAAAAAAUAUAUAGAACCCUAGCCCGAGUACCCUGUGAGAGGUAGACGGUGAUUUGGACAGUUAUGACGCUCGUCCAAAUGUCCGUCUAGCUGUCAAUCUGAUUAAAAUUAGCUCUACUGGGUCUACCAGUAAAUCUAACAGCAUUGCGUGUUCUCCCAUGUCCAGGUGACAUUUCAU